CAUCGGCCGGUCGGCUCUGGGGCUGUCGGAGCAGCUUAGACGUUGGCUUCUCUUUUCUCGCUGGUUUGCCCGAGGCCUCGAGUGGUGGGCUGUGAUGAAGCGAGUCUCUGGGGCCCCGUCCUAGGGCAGCGGCUGCUGCUGCGAGACACGCCAGAAGCGUGACUGAGUGGGGACUGUUCCACAAGCUGGCUGCCACCACCACCGAAAAGGCCCUCCUCCAAAUUGCUGCAAAAUGGACUUCAGCAGGCUGCGACACAACCAGAAGGGCCUCAUGCAAAGUUCUUAGAGAGCGAGCAAGUCCAUACGAGAAAAGGUGUUCAUUCAGGGACCAUCUUUUCUACUCUUGCCAACCACCCACUAAAGCUGUUUAAAUGAGAAUGUCCUUGGCACAGAGAGUGCUGCUCACAUGGCUCUUCACAUUGCUGUUCCUGAUCAUGUUAGUGUUGAAACUGGAUGAAAAGGCACCAUGGAACUGGUUUCUCAUAUUUAUCCCAGUUUGGAUAUUUGAUACUAUCCUUCUAGUUAUGAUAAUUGUAAAAAUGGCUCGCCGUUGUAAGUCUGGCUAUGACCCUCGAAAUGGUUCCCGUCACCUCAAGAAGAAAGCUUGGUACCUUGUAGCAAUGCUGCUUAAGUUGGCCUUCUGCCUCGCCCUCUGUGCAAAAUUGGAACAACUUGCUGAAAUAAAGCUAGCUUAUGUCUUUAUUCCCUUUUGGGUGUUGCUCAUUGGAGGGAUAAUAGAACUUGGAUACAACAUCUUCUAUGUACGAAGGGAAUAACUUGUCCAUAGACUUGGGUUUAGCCUUUCAUCAGCCAACAUCACAUUCCUUAACAACAUUAGCUUGCUAUAGGUUUACAACACCCAAAGGAACUACAAGUAACAGCUGUAUGUUGACAUUCUAUAUGCCGUUGGACUAGGCUCUUCAAUGUGUGGAGCACAGCUAUCUGAUUUAUAUGUAAAUACUGUAAAUAAAUUAUCAAAAUAUUUUCCAAGUA